UGUAGCAUGCCAUGUGCUUGCUUGUCAUCGGGCAAGCCAUCUAGAAUUUCAGUUUUCUUUCUAAUUCAAAUAAAAACGCAUACACACACACAUUUAUUCGAUUUAAGAAAAUAUCGGCACGGGGAACAAUAACAACCACAAACGAACAGCAAAAAAGAACUACACAAAUAACCGCCCUAAUCAUAACUAUGGACAGUCGAAAGAAGAACAUUGCAAAUUCACCGGGGGACGAAACUGCCCCUAGGUCAGCCUUGAAGCGGAGUUCGACUACGAAGAAAACCCAACGAACCGGUAUACCUGGAAUUCGCAACCGGGUCGGCUUCGAUCAAGGCAAUGUGAAGGUCACCUCUCAUAUACCGACGUCGCAGCGUACGUACGGUUUGAUUAAGGCUGUGAAGACUCUGACUCCAUUCCCAAAGAUGAGCUCUCCGCUAGAUCAGCGCUUGCUUCUGCUGCGCUUAGAGGCUGAGAAACAGCAGACCGAUGCGGGUGGUGAAAGGGUAGUAAAGGAAAUAAUAACGCCCAGUGAGUCGCCUACUCCGGAAUCUGAACUCUCACUUAUCGGACAGCAGCAGUUGGCCACAGAUCGAAGCAGCAUCACUCUGAUGAACCGUAGCGCUACCCUGGAUCAGUCAUUCGAGUCACGUCGCAAGCGAUUCUACGAGGCUGAGUUCACAAUUGCCAAAGGCAAGAAAAUGAGCGAAUUCAUGCAUCCCCAGCUGCCUGCUGAACGCUGGCUGUCCUUGAAGGAGAGCAGAAAUGUGAUCAAUACUGGAUUUAGCAUGCACGGGCGCGACUCACAAUACUCCACCACUUUAGGGGAACUGGAGAAGAUGUGCCGAAAGUUGAAUAUCAAAAUCACGCGAGGUUUUGAACUGUAAUCAAUCAAUCCGCGUUCUUCUCUAAGUGUUUUGCAAGUGUCAAUAAAGUAGGUUAGGGUUA